UUUCUAUGUCUUAAGUGUAAUUGUCAUAUAAUUAUAGUGGACUGUAAUAACGUUUGGAUCGCAGUUUGGACUUGAUUUUCAAGGAUGUGGUGGUUGCUGAAGUUAACAGUCGUUAUGCAAUGUGUCAACUCCGUACGGAUAACGCACAUGCGUGUACCAGAGGUGAUUCAGUACGGCACCAAGGACUCCAUCACGCUGGACUGCGACUUCGUGACCACAAACGUGACGGGACUGGUAGUGAAGUGGUUCUUCAAUCACCGGGAGCAGCCGGUCUACCAAUGGAUACCGCCGCAGAAGCCGCAAGCAUUGGGGAUAUUAAAAGAUAAACUCGACCUCAACUACAGGGUAUCCCAUAAUGCGUACACGCAGCACCGAGCGCUGCGAAUCCUGUCUCCUAGCACAGAUCUCACGGGGAACUACACAUGUGUCGUCUCCACAUUUUUGGCUGAAGACGAGAGGACCAGACCAAUGACCAUAUUUGUGCCAGAAACACGCUUCGACAUGAUACAAGACAGGCUGGACGACGGCUACCUCAACAUAAUUUGUUCAGCUGAAGGAGUGUUUCCAAAGCCGGAGCUCAUUAUCUUAGCAGGAAAUAGGCCUUUGAACGCAAAGACCACCAUCAAGCUGCUGGAAGGCCGGUAUACCGCGCUCACCAGCGCCGUGGUGAGGGUCGACGCUUUGCCUCCGACUGUGGAGAUCCUCUGCGACAUGCAAGUGCCGCUGGCCAACUACUUCAGCAGGAAAAGGGAUAUAUUUUAUAGAGAUCCACCUGUUACGCCUCCUGGAUCACCAAAUUCAAUGCACACUUCUACACCAGAUAGUGGCAUUAAUGUUGCUCCACGAUGGAUUGUCAUGGUCUCACUAAUAUCUGUGCAUUUUAUAACAAUACCAAAUUCAUGAUGUAUUUGUUACCAAUAAUAAAGCCUAGCCUAGUAAAUAAGUCUGUAACAUACUAGUUG